AUGCAGAUCAAGAACACUGGCGGUAACUCAGCUCCAGUCAUGAGUCAACUAAACACUGCACCUCUCCAGAAGGAGGAGGCUGUCAAGUCUUCGAGUGCGACUAUAUCUACGCCUACUCUGGCCAUGCGCCCUUCUGCGGCAGCCUUUUUUCAGAUGAACAAGACUAAUGGCUCCAUGGGCAUCACUGCACCCAAGCACAAGUACAAGCCAAAGCCACUUGUCGACUUAAAUACAUUGACACAACACCCCUCCAUCACAAUUAUCGACAACAAGGAGAUCUCAAUUUUCAUUGAGUGGUGUGCCUUUGCAGAGAGUAAACCAACUGAUAUUUUGGCUCUUCUAGCCAUCUUGCCAGAAUACAAGUCGAUCAAGAAGUUGGCGAUUAAGGUCCAUGCACCCUGGCCCCAUACAGAGCCUAAAGAAUGGCACAACAGUCGUCUUAGCUGCACAAAGAAGCUGUUCGCCAUCAUCGACACAUUUGAGUUGUAUAAGCUCAAGGUUACAAUGUCUAUUGAUGGAUGUAACUUCCCUCAGAUGAAGUUAGCAGCUGCAAUCCACGGAUUGAAGUUUAAGAAGUGGCAGCUAUACUAUCAGGUUUAUGACGAGGCUACGAAGUCCGAGGGAGAUCCAAUCAAGAUAUUCCGCGGUAGCGAAUAUGACUCCAGACUUCGAGGAGUCUGGAAGAAGGAGUUCCUGACCCAAGCUUGA